GGUUAUGUUUCGUAGUAUUUUCUUGAUCAAAGAUUCCGUAUUUCUAAGCGAUUCUCACAAUAAAUUGGAACAUUAAUUGCUGGAAUAUAUUUAGAUUAUAUUUCACUUUUCUACAAUGGAUGGAAUAGGAUUAUUCACGGCUUUCCUUCAAACUCAUCAGCCCCAGUUAGAAUCUUCUGGAGUGCCAAGAAUAUUUUGGGAAGUUUUAUUCAAGAAACUUCAGUAUCAAACUUUUGAUUCUGGCUUGGCAUUUCAGUUAAUAAGAAUUGAUUACGACGGUGCUGAAAGAGGUCCAAGAGAUUCAGUUUGGAAACUUUUUGUUUCUUACGAGGAGGGCAUCUCUGCUCAAGAUGCAAAUAACAUUUAUUUGAUAGAUCACGCAUGGACGUAUGACACUCACAAUGCUAGACAAAACCUAUCAACUGUACCAGAUCUGUUAGACCGUAUGUGUUCUCUAAUGGAUUUUGACAUUGAGCAAGAUGAAGAAGAAAAGAUAGAUUUUGUAUUGAACGAAAUGUGGAGAUACAAUCAGUCUUUUUCUUUAAGUAGCGGGUCGGUAGAAGAUAGAAUGCCAAUAUGGUACAUCAUGGAUGAAGUAGGUUCAGCAAUAAAUCAUAGCAAUGAACCUAACUUUAGGACAGUGCCUUUCCUAUACUUACCAGAAGGUGUUACCUACACACUUUUAUUUCCUAUCAAAGAUGUCGACUGUGAAGAGGAAGUUACAAGAGAUUUUGUAGAAGGUCACACAAAUGACCAAACGGUAAGACAAGCAUUGUUACUACCUUGGGUAGAAUCGUCAUUCCUUGGAAGAGAUUUUGUACAAGUAGAACCAAGCGAAGACUACUUUCUGGCAGGUCAUAUUCACGAGACUCUGCCAGAAAAGAUGGACCAACAGUUGCAUCAAAGAGACAGAAGCACGAAAUUAAGAGUUUUCUCCGAGUACACUUAUAUAAACGACUAUCUAACCGAUCCUGCAUUUGAACUCGUGAACGAUGAAUCAUUGGCUGACGUAUUAUGGUACGUUUCACACUUUAAGAUGUACAAAGAAUUAAGCAUUCGUUCCCCGCACGUUUUCGUAAAUCAAUUUCCAUUCGAAAGCGUUCUCACUGUGAAAGAUUUGCUAUCGAUCCUCUGUCGGAGAAAAGUAGGGGACAAAUCCUACGAUCCUGAUACACUAGAAACCUAUCCAGAGUGGAUGCCAACUACUUACAAUUUGAGCACAGAAUUAGUCCAAUUCGUAGCGUACUUCGAGCAGAGGGAAUCGAUAGGUUUAGACAAUCAUUGGAUUUGCAAACCUUGGAACCUAGCUAGAGGAUUGGACACUCACGUAACGAAAAAUUUGUUCCACAUUUUACGAUUGCCCAGUACCGGGCCGAAGAUAGCACAGAAAUACAUCACGAAACCCGUUUUAUACCAGAGGCCGGAAAACGGUAAAGUUAAGUUCGACGUACGAUACGUGGUAAUGCUGAAGUCCGUAAAACCUCUAAGGGUGUUCGCCUACAAAAACUUCUUCCUAAGAUUUGCGAAUAAGGAAUUCGCUUUAAAUAAUUUCGACGUGUACGAACAACAUUUCACCGUGAUGAAUUAUUCAGAGGACACUCCACUUUGUCACGUAAAGUGUGCGGACUUUAUCUUGGAAUGGGAGAGGCAGUACCCGAACUUUUCAUGGAGAGACCAGGUCGAGCCAAAAAUCUUGCACAUGUUCAGAGAGGUUUUCGAGGCUGCGGUCGCUGCGGAACCGCCGAAAGGAAUUGCGGAAAGUCCUCAAAGCAGAGCCGUGUACGCGAUCGACUUGAUGCUCGAAUGGAGACAAGAUAUAGUAGAGCCUGUUCUAUUGGAAAUUAAUUUCUCGCCGGAUUGUAAAAGAGCUUGCGAGUACUACCGAAAUUUCUACAACGACAUCUUCAAAUGCCUGUUCCUAGACGAUAACAAUCCAGAAGUAUUUCACGAUCUGUGCACGGAGGUGAAUUAAAUUCUGUAGAUGAAUUGAAAUACGACGGCCUAAGUGCAUGCCAGCCCCAUAAAUAUCGAGAAGCUAUUAACGAUCGUUUCGUGGUCAGCGUCGUGACCAAAUACAUUUAUUUAUUCAAAACCCGGCAAGUCCCGCAUCUCGUAUGCGGUAAUGAGCUGAAGUAGCUCCAGUAAAUCUGCAUAUGCGAACGUUAAGGGUACAUUUGCUCCGUAAAUAAUUCGCGCCUCCCCAUAACUUGACGCUACAACGGGAAGACUACCGUGGUACCUAAUGGAAUAAUAAACGAGAGGGCAAUUGGAACAGUUUCACGACAGCUCUGGCUUCGGCCACCGUAUGACCGUGUUACUUCUAUGCACGAGAAUACAGAAUAUACUUAAUGCGGAAAGAUGUGCAUAAACGAAUAAACGAAUCGUGACUUUUCUUUCAGCAUUUUAUCUCGAAGAGAAACACGACGAAUACACGUUAAAGUAAUA